AUGUCAAACCCAAAUAUUCCCAGUCGGAUGAGAGCUGCACAGAUUGCAGAGUACAACAGACCUUAUGAGCUAGUUGAGAGAAAUGUCCCUACCAUUCGCAAAAAUGAACUUCUUAUUAGGGUUCAUGCGGCCGGCUUCUGCCAUUCUGACCUGCAGGUUUUGCAAGGGCAGUUCAAGUCGCCUUUGGGAAUGAUCCCAUCACAUGAGCCUGCCGGUGUUAUUGUUCAAAUCGGCACCGAAUGCAGUCCUGAAUGGAAGAUUGGUGACAGAGUUGGGGCUCUCAACUUCAAGAAUUCGUGCGGAAAAUGCAGUGGUUGCGGACUCGUGAGGCGUACUAGCACGCAACUUGAUCCGAGAUUCUGCGACAAGAGAGAAACUGCGGGCUUCCAGCAUGAUGGGGCCUUUGCAGAAUACCUUGCUGUUGACCCGGAGACAACAGUUCGCUUGCCCUCAUCUUUGCCAUUCGAUCAAGCCGCCCCGUUGAUGUGCGCCGGUGCAACAGUCUGGGGCUCGUUAGAGCGGGCAACGUCUGGUUUAAGCCCCGGUGAGACAGUGGCAAUUAUUGGUAUAGGCGGCCUCGGUCACCUCGGUCUUCAGUUUGCAAGGGCUAUGGGCUUCCGCACAAUAGCCAUCGACAGCCGACCCGCGGGGAGACAGCUAGCUACGGAAAUGUCAAAUGAGGAUUUGAGGCCAUCACUAGUGGUCGACUCCGGCGCCGAGGAUGCUGCUACUCAGAUUAUGAAUUUCACAAAUGGCGAAGGUGUUGCAGCAGCAGUAGUCUGCACAGAUUCUUUGGCAGCCAAUAACUGGGCUUUAACGAUAUUACGGAUUGGGGGUGUUAUGGGUGUUCUAGGUCUGCCGGCUGAUAAUUGGAGGUUCGAUUCAAGCGUUAUAGUGUUUCGAGAACUCACUAUUCGAGGGAGCUAUGUUGCGAGCAAAUUGGCUACGGAACGAAUGAUGGAAGCAGUUGAGAGGGCAGGAAUCAGGUCACAGAUCACACUUGUUCCAUUUGACGGAAUUCCGAGUAUUCUAGAUGCAUAUCAAGACAGCGCUUUCAAAGGUAGACUGGUAGUGCAGGUGGCGGAGUAG